AUGACGGAACCCCUCAAGAAGGUCGACUCUGCCGUGCAAGGCUUAGGAACAUCACCACCAAAGGACAGCAAGGUGGAAAAGGUCCUGGACAGCAAGCGCCGACAGAGCUCUGUUGGUGCACCAGGAGUGUACAAUAUUAAGGACCUGGAGGCCGAGGGCAAGGAAAUCGAGCUGCCAAUUGAGACGCAGAAGACCGGAUGGAAGAUCAACAAGAGUUCUUCCACCGUGGAAGACCCUGCCAUCCUGAAGAUCCCUCUCACCACCCCCCCGGUCAAGAAGAUUGACCUGCACUUCCCCCUCGGAAUGGAGGUAACAGCACGAAAUCUCAAGGGCGUCACGAUCAAGGACGCCCUGGAUGCUAUCUACAAGGCAUACAAGAAGCGGUCCGACGAUGAGCUCGACAAUCCAUACCUAGCCGGGUUCGAAUGGGACAAGGAAGAGUCCUGGACACGGUUAGUCGUGCACCUGCAGAAGCAGCCCACGUCGUCCAUGCCCUCAGGUAGCGGCGGCGGCAAGAAGAAGAAGAAGAACAAGGACAUUGAAGAGUAA